CAAGGUCAAAGGUCACCAUGGCGCGUACGUGAAAAUUCUGAAUUAAGCCUUUGUCGGUCGGAGAAAAGAACGGAAAACAAUGAUUUGCCGUCGAUACGUAAGAGUAACAGACCAAUAAUUUUCACUCAGGAAGUGCGACACCACGAUGGGUUCCUUGGAUAAGCUGGUAGUGACCUGCCACGGGCAUUACAAUGAUCCAGAACUGCAUUUCAAGUUACACUGGCUCAUCAAGCAACUUUCCAAUCUAACAGAGACAGAAACGUUAUCUGUUCAUAAAGUGGAGCCAUGGAACAGCAUCAAGGUAACAUUCAACAUUCCACGCCACGCUGCCACUCAUCUUCGAUCACUGGCCCAAAAUGGAGAUCCAUCUCUAAGGAACCUAGGAAUUUUGUCUGUGCAACUGGAAAAUGGAAAUGUCAUUGACUUGAACACCGGACCGCCACCUCCACCACCUCCUGCACCGGUUGCCCAGCAGCAACAGCAGCAGCAGCAACAGCAACAGCAUGUUCAACAGCCUCAGCAAGCACCACCACAGCAACAACAAAUUCACCAUCAGCAGCAACAUCAACAACAACAACAACAACAGCAGCAGCAACAGAUGCAAGCGCAGCAGUUUCAACACCCUCAGAUUCAGCAACAGCAACAGCAACAAGUGGCACAGGCUCAACUAAAUCAGAAUGCAGGCUUUCCAUCUGUUCUCGGACAAAACCAAGGAAUAGGCAUGAACAUGAACGCCUCGCCUCAGGCUAUGGCCUCCAGAAUGGGUAUGACACCUUCUCCGGGGCCAAUGGUUAUGCAUGGAAACCCUGUAGCACCUCCUUCUCAAUCUCCUGUACCUCAGGCCAUGAACAGGGGCUUCAGUCAUAACACUAACCAGUUCCAGCAAAGAGGGGGCUUUCCCCCAAGACCAACUACCCCAACAGCUCAGUCUAUGUCGCCCAAUCCGAUGAGUUCAAUGGCCACGUUGGCACAAGGACACAGUGUGCCUCCUAAUACACAUCUCACUCCAAGCAGUAUGAUGCAGGAUAGCAACCAGCAGGGAAAUAUGUUCCCUUGGGGUUUGACUGGCUUUCCACAGAGAGGACAACAACAUCAACAGCAACAGCAGCAGCAGCAGCAACAACAACAACAGCAGCAACAACAACAACAACAACAGUGGAACCAAAUGCCAUUCCAGCCUCAGCAGUCUCCACAGCAGCAACAACACCAGCAACACUUGCCAUUUCCUAUGCAUCAAGGUAUGUCGCUUGGAAUGGACAUGGCUGCAAAUCAAACACUACCUAGUUCAAUGGGGAACACGCAGCAGGCUGGAAUUCCGUCACGGCCUCAACCUCCUCCUCCAGCUCAAGUGAAAAAGCCAGCCCCUAAGAAAAAGCGCAAGAGCAAGAAAAAGCAGAACCAUCCUCAAAUUCCACUGCCACCACCACUAAUGCCCCCAGACCCACGAACUAUGAACAACCCCCCUCCUCCGCCUCCUUCUCAAGACCCACUUCAGCAGAGUAAACCGCCCAACCUAGCUUUGCCUCCGAGUCUCAUGAAUAAUCCUCUCAGUCCAGAUGCACCUUCUGUGCAGUCCAGAGUGAUGCAGCCUCCUCUGCAAUCAAGUGCAAUGCCUAUAUCAACGUCGUCUGGGCCAGUUCCAGAAUCUCUCCCCUACUCCCAAUCCCAAUCACAGGUCACGACUGCGAUGUCAACAUUCCCUUUCUCUGAUACUUCAGGUUCUAAGUUGCCAAUGCCUCAAGGAACAACAAUCCAGCAGAGCCAAACAGGACAGGCCCAAAUUGGACAAUCUGACAUGUUGUUUACUCAAACCCAGCAACUCCAAGUGCCUUCGUCACAUGGACAGCACGCUCAAGUUGCCAAUAUACCACAAAACUUCAUGCCAGGACAUCACUUAUUAGGUCAUCAUAACAAGAAAUCUGUAACUGCCUCUUUGACAAGCCCUUUGCUUGUCAAUCUCCUACAGAGUGACAUCACGGCUACGCAGUUCUCAUUUUCAUCAGAAGAGAUUAAGAGUACCAAUGCUUCAGCAAUAACCACAGGUGGUGUAGCAACGUCAAGAAAUGAACACACAUUACAGCAGUUGCAGCAACAUUUGCAACAACAACAUGCACAGCAACAGCAUCAAUUGCAGCAGCAGGUGCAUCAUCAGCUUCAACAACAGCAACAUCAGCAGCAUCAGCAGCAACAGUUACAACAAAUCCAGACCCAGCACCCUGAACUUCAGAACUUGAAUCCUCAGCAACAACAGCAACUGCAGCAACUCUUCGCUAAUUCAGGACAACCACAAGCAACCAAUGUCCCUGGUCAACCACCAUUUCCUCAACAGACCCAUUCCAAUGUACCAAACCAGAGUGUUGCUCCCUACUCCAUGUCAUACCCUCAGCCAAUCUUCAGCACACCACCCAUUCAGAUGGGUUCUGCAGGUCCUACACCUACAAGUAGUUUACCUGUUUCAACAUCAGCAGAAAAGAUUACAUUGUCAACAACAGCAGGAUUCCCUGUAACAUUGCCAAACCAGGUAGGACCAGGUUUACCAGGCUAUCCUCCCACUAGACCAGAAUUAAGAGCUAUCCCUCGAGGCCCAAGUCCAAGAAUGUCCAUUCCUGUGCCAUCUUUACACUUUGAUCCAAGCAGGACACAGUCACCACAGGUACCUCCCUCAGUUGCUGCUCUUAUUUCAGCAAGAUCUCAAUCAUCGUCACCUCCAGGAGCAGGACCAAGACAGCAGACACCACCUAUUGGAGGAAGGAUGGCAUCUGGAUCUGGAUAUUUGCCUCCACCUAUUGCAACAUCCAGUAUUGCUACAGAUGUUCCUAAAACAACUGCAUUUCAUCAACCAACCUUCACUUCCGGUUCCGGAAGUUCAUUUUCUGCAGCAAGUGCUACUGUUCCUCCAGCAACCACUUCUCAUGUCCAGACCACAGCCAGUAGCAUCAUGCAGAGCGCUGUUCACAAGCCUGUAAAGGAAUCAGAUAAACCAGUUGCAAGUGUUGAAAAGAUGGAAGAAGAUCACUCUUUUGAUGAGGAAUCUGCGAUGGCAUCCAUGACUGAAGCAGAAAGAGACACAUUUGCAAUGGCAGCAAGGAUAGUUCAAGAAGUGAAAGAUGAAGAAGAACAGAAAUUCAAAAUGGUAACUCCACCCACUAAAACAACACCUUCGCAAAAGAAGAAACAAAAAACUGCCUCAACGUCUCGUCAGUCUCACCUGCUCUCUCAACCCUCUGCAAAAAUUUCUUCCCCAAUGAGCCCCAAUCCUCCAGCUCCACCACCUCCUCCAAGUACCCGAGAGCUCUUGGGUAACAUCUCGCAUCCCAUUAGUGGGGGACACAUUAACAAAGGAGAGGCUCAUUCUUCUAAUUUUUCCAAUAUUCCUUUUUCUAGAGGAUUCCUUGGAAGUUCAAAUUUUCCUCCAGGUGGGGCGCCACCCACAAACAGCCCAUCAUCUCAAGGCUUAGUUCAACGAUUUGUAGGGAACCCAAGGGGUAAUAUGUCAAUUCCUCCUCCGCGGAUGGCAGCUCCACCUGCGGUUUCUUCUACGCAACAAUUUACUGGACAGAAUGUGAAUGUACCUGUAACCUCCAUGCAUGCUGGUGGAGGCAUGGCGAAUCCCGUUAUUGGGCAAGAGAGUGAUCUGAACUUCGGUCAACCUCCUGUAAGUAGAAGUCUAUCAAGGCCUGCAACAACAACGCAAAUUACAACUACAGAUGGUAUUCAGACGAUCGAUAGAAUGGUAGACCUAAGUAGGCAAAUGGGCUUUGGUUCAAUGAGCGUUGCUGAUCAAGUGCUUGGUGCUCAAUUACCACAGAUGGCUAAAACAGAACAACAUUCUUUUCCACCUGGAAGUCAGAUGUACCCCUCUCAGGUUACUUCUCACCCAACAAAUCCUACAAUGGCUGGUCCAACUCCAAGCAUGUUGCAGGCAUCACAUGCACAAGGUGAUAACUCUAGCAAUCAACCUUUCAACUGGCCUUUAGACUUUCCACCAUCAACAUCAUCAAGCUUGACAUCGGAAGGGCUUCGUUUCAUGGAAAAACUAGCAAAUAAUCCAAGAGAAAGCCAGUCUGUGCGUUCAACAUCCAAUCCCCCGGCGUAUGGCGCUCAAGGCAGUGACCCAUCUGGGGCUGAAAAGAAAGAUGAUAAAUCUCAUCUCAAGGCAUUACUAAGUGAAAUCAAUGUUGCCCCACAGAUUGCUUCAACUGCUUCAACUACUGUGCACCAACCUGUAACUUAUGUGACAACUCAUUCAUCAAUCCAAGGACAGAGUAUGCAGCCUGUACUCUCAAGGGUAGUAGCCCCAAGCCAAAGUCCCAUGCUUAGCCAAAGACCAACAGACAUUCAACCUAAAGCAGAGGUCAGGUCAGAAGUAAAGCAGUUACUACAAGAAGAUAUUAUGAUGAGUAUUGCACAAGCAGCAGCAACAAGCCAAAUUGCUUCUGCUUAUACUGCUGGAAGUGCAGUCGAAGAAUCAUCUAGCAAUAAAGCAUCUGUUCCAGGAAGUGUAGUAGUUAAGAAAGAAGGACAUGAGCAAACCCUCAAACAAGACGACAUGCCUAUCCUAAAGCCAUAUGGAGGCUUGUCAAGUCAAAUGCAGGAUACCAUACAUAUGCCUAGAUUAGCAGGAACGGGAAGGACCCCUGCAACUUCUGAUCCAAACCAAGCAAUAAUACCAGGUGUUCAACAAACUGCAUCUCUACCAAAUGUGCCUGCAACAAUAUCAGGUUCUGUGCCCUCGCAUUCUUCUGUUUCUAGUCAGCAAAUGAGGAGAACACCACCAGCAACAAUUGCCUUGACUCCUCCUUCAGAUAGUCUUCACAUUUCUACUGUUGAGCAGCAGAAAAUGCAUCCACAAGAUCUUCACCCUGUUCCAGGGGUGUCACCAACUAACCAAACUGGGCUUCCUACAAUGCCUGGCGUGUCUCAGUCACAAGUUGGAGAACCUCCUAUGGAUCAGGUUUCCAAAGUGCAGUCAUCAGAGGCAAAGUCUCCUGGGGCAGCAGCUGAGCGAAGUCUCCGACGUCAAAGAAGUAUCAGCCCCCAGAGUGAGCGAGCCUUCAGCAGUGCAAGUGCAUUGCUAAGUUCUAUCGCAAAGUCAGCCAGUGGACGAACAGUUGGGAGUACUACUGGGAGUACGGACAAACUUUCUUCCUCGGGAAGCAGUGUAGGGAGUGGUGGUGGAAAGCAAUCACCCGUUAUAUCAGAGCCACUCAGUAUUUCUCCAUCUCCAACACAAGCACCACCAGUGACCUCACCCAUGCCAAUUCUGCAGCCUCAACUAGCUGAAGCUCUUGGAAGUAUACCUGACUCAGCUGAUCUGACUAAACUUGCCACAUCUGCCAUUCGUGGUUUGAGUCCACCCCGUAUUCAUGAGGAAGAAAUCAAGCCACCUCCACAACACGCCUUAGACUUUCCUGCUCUGAAACAGCGGAGAAGGCGCUCGUCCAGUGGUAGAUCGUUGACCCCACCUAGGUCAGGUACACCUCCUGCAAGCUACAGACAAGGUAUGAUGGGUAGUUCCACAAUGAUGAGAGGGGGCACACCUCCAGCACAGACUGACAGGAGGCACUCACCUACAGUUCUGGGAGAAGUCAUGGGUGGUUCUCCACAUGGUAUGAGGUCCUUGAUGCCAAUGCCUCAGAGAAUGAUGUCCCCUGUAAAUGAAUAUGGCCCUUAUGGUGGACACAUGAUGAAGAAUAUGCAUCAGCAUAAUGCAUUUCAAGACCAGUUUCCAGGACAGAUGCAUGGUACCUCAAAUCUUCCACCUGGCUUGAUGGAGUUACAAGGACAGCAUCCCAUGCCUCCACAUUUUAUGGGAGGCGGAAUACCUGGUAAUGUUCAGCACUCAUCUCAGCCUGUCACAACAUCACUGCAGCAAGGGCAAGCUGGAGCUCACCAGCUUGCAUCAAACAUGACAGAGUCUCCUACAUUGACUCAUCCAAGUGUGACCACACAAGGAAUGAUACAAAGCCAUCCAACAAAUGUACACCAGACUUUUGCCAGAGGACCUCCAGGCAGUCCAAGAUCAGGGCAGUUUGAUCCAUCAUCUGUUCCUGCUAGAGCUCCUCACACUUCUCAGCAGCUCCCAGGGAAUAUCGACAGUGGAGCCAUGCAGCCACAGAGUCGAAAUGAAGUACUGGCAAGUGUCCUGGGUCAACAGCAGAGUGCUGUGCAACAGGACUGGUCUCAGAAAAGUGAUUCCACUGGAAGUCUUGGGAGAGGUUUCCAAGGCCAAAUACCACAGUCUACAGUUACCACACCAAGUCAGGUCCAGCUGUCAAGGUCCUUCCCCCCUGAAGCAAAACUUACAGUUCUACCCACUCAACUCAAUGUAGAGAGCAGUAGUCAACCAGGACAGGCUAUCAAUGCUACAACUGCAGCAACAUCAGAGUCAUCAAGCCAGUCAUCUAUGGUUGCCGCUCAAAGUACAGUUUCAGAAGCUGUUACAAAUCCUUCACAGGAUACUGUUCCUGCUACGAAAAAUGCUGAGAACAUUGCUUUGCAUUCAUCUGCUUUGCCUGCAAAUCCUAUGGUGUCUUCUGCUCAACAAAAUGUAACAACAGCAGGGCAAGAUACCAAGACACCUUAUCCUGGUAGCGCACCUGCUCCACCUCCUCAGCAUCAUCAAACUUCAGAAACUCUCAGUUCUGCAAGUACUGUCCUGGAUGCCAUCAACAAAGCGCAGAUCACUCCCGAACUCUUUACACCAGCCACCUUAACCACAACCACCUUGCCUCCAGAAACCCAAGUGACCAGCGCCCAAGUGACCAGCGCCCAGGUGACCAGCGCCCAAAGCUCUGAAACCGCAAGCCUACCGGUGCAUCAAAUGCUGCAUUCAGAUACAGGGCCACCAACCCCUGUCCAUAUGGAAUUAGCAAAGGACCAGGCUGCUGUUACAAAUACUAUUAAGAGUGAAGAAGAGCCCACUCUUCCAGUAUUGACCAGAGAGAUGAGUGACCCUAGCCCCAUUGCUGAGAAAGAAGAAAGCUCUCUAUCCAAACAACCAGACUCUGUACAAGGCAGUGCAACCCCUGAGAUACCUACUCUAUCAUCGGAAAGCAAAGACAAAGGUAUGCUACAGGACGCAACAGCAAAGCCACCAUCAGAGACACCAUCGGACACACCAAAGCCUGCGCCAGAGGCAUCGGUGUCCCUUGAGACGUCUGAGGAAAUGGACAAAGCUCCAGAGGAUCAACCUGAGUAUCAUGAAGAAGCAAUAGAAGCAACAUCAUCUGGAGAGGGUUUCCUGAUGAGAGAAAUGUCACUUCCAGACCAUGAAGACACCGACUCCACCAGCUCGCGUUCCGAGACUCCUAAAUCCUACUUAUCGGAACCGCCCCCUGAGGAUACGUCCCCAAGCGUUAGGACACGUCGGUCCGGUCGAAAGUCUCCAGGGGCAGCCACGGCUCCAGGUCUUGAGGGUGGUCCAAUGGGAACCAGAACCAGGAGCACCAGUGGUUCUUUGACUUCUGCUGCUGCCAUGGCAGAUAGGGACGCUGAUGGCAUGUCUGACCAGGAUGGGGUGACAACCAGGAAACGCAGCUCGAGACACAAUGCAAAAGCGGAGAUGUACUAUGGACCAAUCCCAGCCUACAAGAGAAGAAAACCCAAUCAGAAAUAAACGCAGAACAAAACUUUCCAACUACCUUCUUUUUUUUUGUGAGCUGCAAGCCAAGGCUGAAGACCCUUUUUCCUUCUUCUGAGGGGUGGAUCCAGAUGAGAAACUAGACUUAGGCUUAGAUUUAUUAGGCAUUUUGAUCUCCCAGAUAUUUACGGUAAGCGUCUUCUAGUGGGACGCCAUCUUGAAUCUUCCUAGGCUGAAGACCCAGUACAGAGGAAUGACCCUGUACAGUUGAUGAAAGGUCAAUGGACUUUUUAUGCUACCGUGGAACUUCUUUAUGGAGAACACGUUUAUAAAGUGGAACCUCGUUAUGAUGAGGUUCUUUGGACCAUGGAAAUUACCUUAUAUUAGGGUAAAAACCCCAAAAGAAUAUAAAGAGCUGGGACCAGCAAAUUUUACCCCACCAGAACAGAUACCUUGUUAUAUCAGAGCUCUUUGUAAUGGGGUUCCACUGUAGCAAACUUUCAUUGAAAUAAAGUAAUUUUGCCAGCCCCAGAUAUUGUCUUUUUUAGGGGGUGGUGUUGUCAUUAUCGUGUUUUUUUAGCCCUGAUACAACAAGAUUUCAAAGGAACGAGGUCAUUGGGUAAUUUUUCUUUUUCCUAGGGUGUUUAAUAAUAAUAAUAUUUAAUUUAUGAUAACAAGGAUGCACUGUGAAGCGGUGUAUUUGUUUUUUGUAUUCCCUGUAAAGGUGCUGGUAGUUUAACAUGAAUAAGUUGCACUUGAGAGGCCACAUGGUAAAUUGCUGAUUUAUGCUUAUUUGAUAAUUCUAAACCAGAUAAAUAUUCUUAUGUAAAGUCG